GUUCAUUCAUGAAUGUCAAGAACUGGCCAUGGAUGACCCUGUACUUCAAGAUCAAGCCUCUGCUGAAGAGUGCAGAGACUGAGAAGGAGCUGCAGAAUAUGAAGGAGAACUAUGAAAAGAUGAAGACAGACCUGGCUGCUGCAUUGGCCAAAAAGAAGGAACUGGAGGAGAAAAUGGUCUCUAUGCUCCAGGAGAAGAAUGACUUGCAGCUCCAAGUGGCUGCUGAAGUUGAGAAUCUCUCAGAUGCUGAGGAAAGGUGUGAAGGGCUGAUUAAGAGCAAGAUCCAGCUUGAAGCCAAACUCAAGGAGACAAGUGAGAGACUUGAGGAUGAAGAGGAAAUCAACGCUGAGCUCACUGCCAAGAAGAGGAAGCUGGAGGAUGAAUGCUCUGAGCUGAAGAAGGACAUUGAUGACUUAGAGCUCACCUUGGCUAAAGUGGAGAAGGAGAAACAUGCCACUGAAAACAAGGUGAAAAACCUGACAGAGGAGAUGGCAACUCAGGAUGAGGCCAUUGCCAAGCUCACCAAGGAGAAGAAAGCCCUCCAAGARGCCCAUCAGCAAACACUGGAUGAUCUCCAGGCAGAGGAAGACAAAGUCAACACUCUGACCAAGGCCAAGACAAAACUGGAACAGCAAGUGGACGACCUUGAGGGCUCAUUGGAGCAAGAGAAGAAGCUCCGUAUGGACCUUGAAAGAGCCAAGAGAAAGCUUGAAGGAGAUCUAAAACUGGCCCAAGAAUCCAUUAUGGAUCUGGAGAAUGACAAGCAGCAAUCUGAUGAAAAGAUCAAGAAAAAGGACUUUGAAAUCAGCCAGCUUCUCAGCAAGAUUGAGGAUGAACAGUCCCUUGGAGCUCAGCUUCAGAAGAAGAUCAAGGAACUUCAGGCUCGCAUUGAGGAGCUGGAAGAGGAGAUUGAGGCUGAGAGAUCUGCCCGUGCUAAAGUAGAGAAGCAGAGAGCUGACCUGUCCAGGGAGCUUGAGGAGAUCAGCGAGAGGCUUGAGGAGGCUGGUGGAGCCACAGCUGCUCAGAUUGAGAUGAACAAGAAGCGUGAGGCUGAGUUCCAGAAGUUGCGCCGUGACCUUGAAGAGUCCACCCUGCAGCAUGAAKCCACCGCAGCAGCUCUCCGCAAGAAGCAGGCCGACAGCGUUGCUGAGCUGGGAGAGCAGAUCGACAACCUGCAGCGCGUCAAGCAGAAGCUGGAGAAGGAGAAGAGUGAGUUCAAGAUGGAGAUUGAUGACCUGUCCAGCAACAUGGAGGCUGUUGCCAAAGCCAAGGGCAACUUGGAGAAAAUGUGCAGAACUCUUGAGGACCAACUCAGCGAAAUCAAAUCUAAAAAUGAUGAGAAUGUCCGCCAGCUGAAUGACAUUAAUGCACAGAAAGCAAGACUCCAGACGGAGAAUGGUGAAUUUACUCGCCAGCUCGAGGAGAAAGAGGCUCUUGUUUCUCAACUGACAAGAGGCAAGCAGGCUUUCACUCAGCAGAUUGAGGAGCUCAAGAGACACAUUGAGGAGGAAGUGAAGGCCAAGAAUGCCCUAGCUCAUGCUGUUCAGUCAGCCCGCCAUGAUUGUGAUCUGCUCAGAGAGCAGUUUGAGGAGGAGCAGGAGGCCAAGGCUGAACUGCAGAGAGGCAUGUCUAAGGCCAACAGUGAGGUGGCUCAGUGGAGAUCCAAAUAUGAGACUGAUGCCAUCCAGCGCACUGAGGAGCUGGAGGAGGCCAAGAAAAAGCUUGCCCAGCGCUUGCAGGAGGCUGAGGAAUCCAUUGAGGCUGUGAACUCCAAGUGUGCCUCUUUGGAGAAGACCAAGCAGAGGCUCCAGGGUGAGGUCGAAGACCUCAUGAUUGAUGUGGAGAGAGCUAAUUCUCUGGCUGCCAACCUUGACAAGAAGCAGAGGAACUUUGACAAAGUCUUGGCAGAAUGGAAGCAGAAGUAUGAGGAGAGCCAAGCUGAGCUGGAAGGAGCCCAAAAGGAGGCCCGCUCCCUGAGCACUGAGCUGUUCAAGAUGAAGAACUCCUAUGAAGAGGCUCUGGACCAACUGGAGACCAUGAAGAGAGAGAACAAGAACCUGCAGCAGGAGAUCUCAGAUUUGACCGAACAGAUUGGUGAGACUGGUAAGACCAUUCAUGAGUUGGAGAAAACUAAAAAGACUCUGGAUUCUGAGAAGACUGAAAUUCAAGCCGCACUGGAAGAAGCCGAGGGCACCCUGGAACAUGAAGAGGCCAAGAUUCUCCGCGUCCAGCUAGAGCUCAACCAGGUCAAGGGUGAAAUUGACAGGAAGCUGGCAGAGAAGGAUGAAGAAAUGGAGCAGAUCAAGAGAAACAGCCAGAGGGUGAUUGACUCCAUGCAGAGCACUCUG